UAAAAAUGAUGGAUAUAAAAAUUCGGCUCUUAUCGCAUUGUUGGGUACAUAUUCCAGGUCCUAGGGAUUAACCAAGGUGGCUUUUAUUUUCUUGGGUAGAAUGGGUACUUUGGUUUAAACCACAGCGCUGCAAAGUACUCUAUAUCAAGGAAGUGUUACAAGAAUACGCGUAGCUAGUUACGGAUUCUGUAAAAGAAGAACCAUGCCAUCGCAUCCAUUUCAUCACAUGACUCUUCUGCUUGCUCUGAUUGGUGGAAUUUCUAGCUGCUCCAGCCCAGGAGUGGUAACCCUAAACGACAAAACUCAGUAUUCUGACGUCAUAGUCGCUGGUACCAUAUCGUCUAAAGUGCGUGAUGGUGUAUACAGUAUGUUGGUGGAUUGUGUUCUCAAAGACAGCAACGUCGACAUUCCAGCCUCUCUCAAUAUUUCAGGAGUAGAAACCGAGGAGGGCGGCAUGUGUUUUGUGAGCGAGAUAUCGGUGGCGGGAAAGUUUGUGGUUUUCCUAUCAUCCUACUAUACCAUGAGAUUCAAGGAACAACCUUUUGAAGAUUAUAGUGAAAUAGUAAAAACUGGCUGUGACCUUAAAGUGAAAAGUAAAGAACCUUUGGGUGACUCAAAGGGGGUAUGUGAAAACGUGAUCCACAGAGCGUGUCCUACUACCACAAGGGUUGUUCACACAAGAAGAACUAAACGUCCAAGGAAAACUACAACAACCACUCCUUUAUCCCUCACCACCAGAGCUGCCACCUUGCGACCAGGAAGUGGCUCCGUGAGCAAUGGGCCCAAUCUUGUGUCUAUGAAUGGAACUGCCACCCUACGACCAGGAAGUAACCCUGUGAACAGUGGGACCAAUCUUGUGAAUGGAGCAGGAAGUGUUGGCAGCCAGACUGAAGGGAGGCUCAAGACAGAUGGAAUGGGGAGGAAAAACGGGGCCUCCCAUCCAGACUACAAUUCCGAGAUACUUGUAACUGUCUCUCUGCUUGUUCACUUGAGGCUAAUUUUAUAGCAAAUAAAUGUUGAGGCGA